AUGUCGAAGAGAGAAUCCAAGGUCCUUUACUUCCAAAAGCUUUCCAACUAUUUGGAAACCUACAAGUCCAUCUUCAUUGUCAACGUUGACAAUGUCAGCUCCAACCAAAUGCACCAAAUUCGUCACUCUCUCCGUGGUGAAGGUGCUGUCCUCAUGGGUAAGAACACCAUGGUCCGUCGUGCCUUGAAGGGUAUGAUUGGUGAUCAUCCCGAAUACGAAAAGCUCCUCAACUUCGUCAAGGGUAACAUUGGUUUCGUCUUCACCAAUGGUGAUCUUAAGGAGGUCCGUGAAAAGAUCGUCUCCAACCGUGUUGCUGCUCCUGCUCGUGCUGGUGCUGUUGCUCCUGUUGAUGUCGUCGUUCCUGCUGGUAACACUGGUAUGGAACCCGGUAAGACCUCUUUCUUCCAAGCUCUCGGUAUCCCUACCAAGAUUGCUCGUGGUACUAUUGAAAUCGUCUCUGAUGUCAAGCUCGUUACCUCUGGUGAAAAGGUCGGUCCUUCCGAAGCUGUUCUCUUGAACAUGUUGAACAUCUCUCCCUUCACCUACGGUAUGUCCGUUGUUCAAGUUUACGAUGACGGUUCUCUCUUCUCUGCCGAUGUUCUUGAUGUUGAAGAAGAUGAAUUGGUUGGUAAGCUCAUGGCUGCUAUCCGUGAAGUUGCUUCCAUCUCUUUGGCUGUCGGUUAUCCUACCAUUGCCUCCGUUCCUCACUCCGUUAUCAACGGUUACAAGAACUUGUUGGCUGUCUCUGUUGCCUCUGAUUACACUUUCGAAGGUUCUGAAAAGAUCAAGGAAUACAUUGCCAACCCUGAAGCCUUCGCUGUUGCCGCUCCUGUUGCUGCCGCUUCCUCUGAUGCUCCUGCUGCUGAAGAUGCUCCCGCUGAAGAAGAAGAAGAAGAAGAUGACGAUAUGGGCUUCGGUCUCUUCGAUUAA